AUGUCGCCAGCGAUUUUUCUUACGUUAUUCUUAUGCAUAUUCAAAGUUUCCAAAUCUGUAGAGUUCACCAUUGGUGCACUUAUCUUGUCUCUCAACGCACUGAAAGCUACAGAACAAGUCUGUGAUCUCUUCAACGCUACGAAUGGUCGAAUGCUGGCCUUGAUUGUAUCACAUCCUUCCGGUGCCCCGGGAGCCGCCCCAUUGUCGGUUUCAUUCACUUCGUCGUUCUACUUUUUGCCUACUAUCGGCGUCAGUGCCCGGCAAGCUGUUUUCAGUGAUAAAUAUAGUCAUGCCAGCUUUCUGCGUACAGUGCCGCCUUACAGCCUUGAGGCAAAAAUCUGGGCAGACCUUAUUACCAUCACUCGGCAAGUUGUGAUAAACACGGAUGAAGAGAAUGCUGCUCGAACGAAAGAUUUUGUGAGCUUGCUUCGACCGGUGCGAAACGAACAGACUCGUGCCAUUCUGGUCUUUCUCCGUCGCUCGUUUGCUGAGCACGUAUUUGCGGCGGCCCGAAAAUUGGGUAUGCUCGAAACCGAAUGGGCAUGGAUUGUGACCGAACCGGCACUCCAAGCGUCAAACAUUCCACAAGGUGUGAUUGGCGUACGCCUGCUUCAGUCCAGCGAACUGGACCAUGUGAGCGAUGCUGUUCGUGUGGCCACUACUGGUAUUCUGUCUGUAGCUCGCGCGUUUCCCAAACCAAUCAGCGUGUUGCGUGCAGUCAAAACGUGCAGUGAGGAUCCGUUGGAAAUAUACUCGGAACCAGCGGAUGGUGGAGAAUCCUACCCUUGGAAUCAAUACGCGCAACAUUUGUACGACUAUAUGCUUCGUGUCAAUCUGUCUGAUGGUCGUACCGGACAAGUCGAGUUUGAUCACAAAGGAGAUCGGGUACGACCAAUCUAUGAGAUUGUGAACGCACAGUUACUGGAUCCGCGAGGUGCAUCACUCACACAACCGGUUGACAAGGCAUUCGAAUUUAAACGCCCGGAUCUGGUGUCAGUCGGACGCUAUGGAGUACCGCAGCCAGUUCCACUGGAAUGGACUUCCGAGACCCCGUAUCCAACAAUGCUCUCCAUCAAUAUGAGCGCACUGGUUUGGCCGGGAAAUAGUGUGGUCCAACGCAACCAGAUGGUGUGCGUUCAAAAGGAUCCCACAGGGAUGUGCCAAAAGACCGAGAAAUGUCUGGUUCCUGCCGCUCCGAUCAGUUUCAAGAAGAAACGACACUUGAAAGUUGUCACCGCGCAUAGUAUCCCAUUUGUGCAUCAUCGUUUGAAAGAACCAGGCACGAAAUGCAACGAAUCGGACGAUCCUCUGGUGCCCAAAAUGGAAGUCGAAUGCAAACAUACGGAUCCGAUCACAGGUGCGUCGAGGGACUGUUGUUGUUGUUGUUGUUGUGUCCGAUAUUUUAGGGUAGAGCACCAUAUCUCAGGGGGAAAGAUAAAACACCAAAGGGAAACGAACAUAACAAACAAACAGUAA